CUGUGAGACUUAUGCUAAGCGCCGAACAAAAAAUAAAGUCCUUCACAGACUUUGUAUUAUUCCAAUGGGAAUAGCAGGUGCUGCCAAGGUGGUCGGCUCUAGCGCGUGAUCGGGUGGAGACUCGCUUAACACCUGAACCACUUGCAAGUGCUUUGCGCACGCGCGCACCCCGCCCGCGUUUCUCGGCGCUUGGAUCAGUGAUGGUGUUCCCCCAGAGACCGUAGGAGUAGAGUUCAACCACGGUAUGUGUGUGUGAGAGAGAGAGUGAGUGUGUGAAUGUAGUAUAUCUGUGUUUCCACAGAAAAUAACCUCCCAUUAAACAUAACGAAAAAGGACUCCGUUCAUUCUGUUACGUAAAGGAGAGACACGGAUUUCUAUGCGUUGGACAGACUUUCACUCAUGAAGGAACCUCAUGGAUUAGUUCUAACCAUCUUUUGACUCAUGACCCUGCAUAUUCAUGCAAAGACUCUAACCUUGAAACACAAGAAGCAGCUAGAAUGACGACGGCGACGACCCUGGAUGCUCAGACGUUAUGACCAGGCCAUCCCGACCACCGCACCACCACCACCACCACCACCACCACAGUGACUUUAGCCACUCCCCCCGCCACCAGAACGGCCCAAUGACUUAUCGACAGCCAUUGUCCCGCCCCUCUCGCGAGCCGACCCACCAAUCCCUGUGAUGCUCGUCAUGAGUGCGAUAUCCGCAGCAGCCAGUGAGAGGGAGUCCUUCGGGACCACGGACCAAUCAGCCGCGAUGCUCCAGCCUGCUGUUGCUGCUGCUGCUGCACUCUCUCCGUCAGCCCCAUCUCCACCCCCUCCCCAAUCUCCAUCAUCCCCUCCACCUCCAUCUUCAACAUCCCACCCCCCUGUUCCACCACCUCCCUCCAUCGGACCUCCUCCUCCACCACCUCCUCCUCCUCCGCCGCCACCACCACUACCACCCCCGCCCCCACCUCUCCUGCUCCCAGGCAUGGGUCUCCCUCCGCCUCUCCCCGGGCAGCAGAUCAAGAAGCGCCGGGUGCGCAGCUUCUUCUGGAAGCCCAUACCGGAGGAGCGGGUGCGGGCGCGGGGCGGCAAGCCCAACCUGUGGACCAUCGGGCGGGCCAGCGGCGCCAAGGAGGAGUACAAGAUUGAUGUGCGCUCCAUUGAGGAGCUGUUCGGCCAGCAGGACGAGCCCCUGACGUCGCUGACGAGCACCAGGACCAAGUCAGGGGGCAGCCUGAGGGCCCGAGGCACCGCCUUCAAAGAGACCAAAGAGGAGAUCAAUAUCCUGGAUUCCAAAAGGAGCAUGAAUGUGGGCAUUUUCCUCAAGCAGUUCAAAAAGUCAAAUGAAUCCAUAAUUGAAGAUAUUCGCUAUGGCAACAGCGAGGCGUAUGGGGCCGAACUUCUUCGAGACCUGCUCAAGCUCUUACCAGAGUCAGACGAGGUGAAAAAGCUGCAGGCCUUUGAGGGGGACGCCAGUAAGCUGACCCUGGUGGACUCCUUCAUGUAUCUGUUGAUGCAGGUGCCCAAUUUCACGGUGCGCAUCGAAGCCAUGGUGCUGAAGGAGGAGAUCACUCCCUCCUGUGCUGCGAUGAACCAUGACAUCAACAUCAUCCGCGACGCAACAAGAGAGCUGAUGGGUUGUGGAGAACUUCACGCCAUCUUGCACCUGGUCCUCCAGGCUGGCAACAUCAUGAACGCUGGUGGCUAUGCAGGCAAUGCGGUGGGCUUCAAGCUGUCCUCACUGCUCUCCCUGGCCGACACCAAAGCCAACAAGCCAGGCAUGAACCUGCUGCAUUUUGUGGCUCUGGAGGCUCAGAAGAAGGAUGAGCACCUGUUGAGGUUCCCUGAGAAGCUGCCGCAUGUGCAGAGUGCUGCCAGGAUCUCGGUGGAGAAUAUAGAGGUAGAGUUUGAGUCUCUGUGCCAGCGUCUGCGCUCAGUGGAGGAGAAGAUCAAUAGAGAUGCUGAGCUGUUGGAGCAGUUAGACCUUUUCUUGAAGACCUCUGCUCAGACCCUCAUGGACCUGAAGCAUCGCAAGCUGGAGUUCCGCAUGGAGGGGAACACUCUGAUCGAUUUCUUCUGUGAAGACAAAGACACCUUCAAACUGGACGAGUGUUUCCGCAUCUUUCAAGACUUCUGCUUGAAAUUUAAAAAGGCAGUUCAGGACAAUGUGGAGCGUGAGCUGAAGGAGGCGGCCCGCAUGAGACGUCUGCGUGAGCUGGAGGAGAAGCGGCACUCGUGGGCGGGCGGCGAGGAGCACGGCGGGGCGGUGGGCCUGCGCUGCAGCAGCGAAGCAGACAUGGAGGUGGCGCUGACCCGCGAGGGGACCCUAUUGGACCUCCUCCGACCCUCCCGGCCCCGCAGCCCCCAGAGCCCCCUGGGACGCUCGGGAAGCCUGCGGAGGAUCCGCCAGAGCCCCGUGGCCGCCGCCGACCGCCAGCUGCACAGCUUCCUCGAAAGGACCUCGUCCUCGAACUCAUCGUCGUCAUCCUCACCCUCGUCAGACUUUCCUAAGCAACACAACAGGGUGAGCGUGACUGAGGUGUUCACGCCUGUCGCUACCAGCCCGGGUCAUAGGUCACCGGCUCCGUCUCCGUCACACCUCACGCACACGCCCUCCCCCUCCUCCGCCUUCCAAGCGGCAAAGCACUUUUUCACACCCGUCAGCCCCUCAUCCUCUGCAUCUCGCCCACCAGUCCCAUCAGCCACCCGUCCUACUGCUCCUCGUCCUGCUGCCAACCUCAACACUAAUACCUCAGACGUUUGUGUCAACAACAAUAACAAGAAUCUUUCAUCAGCUUCUGCAACUGCUACUACACCUGUGGACACUCCAGUGGUGCGCACAGACGACAACAAGAACAUCAUUGCAGACCAGCAGACAGAGGACAUGCACACGACAAACGUGCCUCUGAAUGUAAACGUAGAAAAACACACACUUGUGCCUGGCCUACAGACGUUUGAUGUGUCCAGCUCUGCCGGUCAACUCCAGGAUGACUUGGCCGAGGAUGAAGGAAUUCUUGCUGCCAUUCUGGAUGAUCUCAUCGUGACCGAUCUUGAAAAUGAGCCAGAGGAUGAGGAGGAACAGGAGGAGGAGGAGGAGGAUGGCGAAAAACCUGAACCACUAAUCCUCAGUUUGCCUCCCUUGCGGAAAGGUCUUGAAGGACCUGGUAAGACCAGUAGAAGUGUGCCAUCUCCACAAACAACGAACAAGGAGGAUGAGACUGUUGUCACAGAAACAACCCCCACUCCUCAGAUGCCAACCAACGUGCCAGUCAUUCAGGUGUCCGGGGAAGGUGGGGAGGUAACCGUGCCAAUGGAAGAGGCCAGUGGUAGCCAAUCAGAGGGCAAUAAGGAGGAAGGAAGCCCUUGUGAUGUCACAGAUUCCACUUCAUUGCCCUCCUCACCCAUGCCCUCCUCACCCACGACUCACACGUCGGUCUUGGUGGACGAGACACCGGCGGCUACAUUGACAGUGGAAAAAGCAGAGUCCGUGGCCCUUUCAGACUCCUCAUGCGGCACUCCACCAUCAGUGUCGAUAUCGGGUAGCAGUUCCUCAGAUUCUCGCUCCGUACGCAAGACGUCGCCCGGCAGCUUCAAGGAGCGCAGCGCCAACAUCAAAGGAGGCAGGAAACACAGCGCGGAGAAAACGGUCAUCACGGUCAAAGCUGCCGCCGCCACAGCCCAGCAACAGCCCAGCAGGCUGGCCAAGCCCACCGCGAAGGCCCCGGCGCCCACCAAACCAGUCACCCGCCUCGUCAGAACCCUGACCGUGUCGGAGAACCAGAGUAUGAGGCGGGUGGUGCCCAUCUCCCGAAGUGCCCGUUCUGCUACCACUACGAACAAGAAGGUGGAGAAAAGCGUUCCUGAAAGCACCACCAGCGGCAGCAGUGGCAGCCGCCGUCUGUCUGUACACCGUGGCAGCUUCGCCCUCGACUCCAGGCCUGCCAGGGCGGUGAGGGAGCCCACCCAGGCCUCAGUGGUGAAGCAGCAGCAGCCGGUCAAGAAAGCGGUGGCCAAGCCGGUACGACCCUUGGUGGCCAAGCCCCCACAUGAGGAGAAGAUGUGCCGGUCGACCCUGCGGGCAUUGCAGGCAGCCCAGGCAGCAGCUGGUGGUGGAGGUGCUGGGCAGACGUUGGCACCCCCUGAGAGGUCUGCCAGCGCUCCUCAGACACCUGUCCGCACCCCCAGCUUCCUCCGCAGCACCGUAUCCUCUACCACUCGUCUAAGCAAGCGAGACUCUGUGUCCGGCCCGGCUGGCCCUGCCUCUUCCAGCGCUGGUGGCAGUGGCGCUGCUGUGGAGGCUGCUGGUGGGGGCGAGGCGUCCACCACAAAAUCCCAUUCGUCCUUGGUGCGCACGUCAUCCCUCAGGCACCCUAGCAACAAGGUGGCCCCAGAGGGCUCCGGCGCUGUGUCACAGGCCUCUCUGAGAAGGACCGCCAGCGUCAGGAAGCCCGCCUCUGACACCCUGGUGGCGCUCAAAGUUCGGGAACGCAAAAACAGCGGGAGCUUUUCCGACAAAUCGAGCUCAAGAGACUCUCAUUCCGACAAGCCCUCGAAACCUCAAUGGAGGUAAACCACCACAAGAGGGCUUUUUUUAGACUUUAGGUGAAAAAAAAUUCAAAGAGGUAAAAAAGCUAUAUAUAAACAAUGUGUAACUUAAUAAUAAAAAAGUCUAGAUUUGUAUUUUUGUGGUCUUUAUUUAACUUUCUGAGUAAAUGUAUAGAUAUUAUUUUUCGCUUUCUUUUCUCUAUGAACUAUGUUUUUUUUGUAUGCAUUGGACUUCAGCCCAGCUUACAGUACAUAUCAGAAUAAUGAUCCCGUUUAAACUCAAAAUGGAUAUAUGCAUAACUGAGCUUUCAACACAAGUACACAUCUUGACAAUGGGCUUCAGCUAGUGAAGGAGGUAUCGACGAAGGGUUUUCCCCUCAUACGUAAUCUUCCUUUUUUUGUUAUUGUUUGUAAUGAAAUAUGUGGAUAUAUUAUGCUGAUGCUGCUGAUUUAUUAGUGGAGUGGAGGGAGAAAGUUCCAGAACUCCUACUGAACUGUCACCAUUUCAAAUUGAUCUUUUGUUAUUUUCCCUCAUUGAGUCAGUCAUGUCUUGGUAAUGUUGAUAAUGUUCUGUUUUUCAGAGUGGAUGAUUGCUCUACUAUGCUAGUUUUACUUGCAUAACCAAAGGAGAUUAUCUAUUUAAGUCAAAUGAAAAUGUAACCGAAGUGUCAACAGGCGCAAUCACUGUCGCCAGUUGGACUAGUUUCACUUCAAUCUUUGAAUCAAACCAAUCUACUGAAACAAAGGCCAUGAUGUGACAUUGCUUUUUGUUCUGUUUGUCAACUGUCGAUUAUCCUUUUCUCUGUCAUUUUUCAUGUGUCAAGGCAAAAAAACAAUUCUGUGGACGUUUCUGAGAUGGGUGACCAAGCACAAUUAUCUGUUUUUUCUGUGUACUCAAAAUAAAGUUUAUGUUUG